AUGGCAUCUCUCAGGGGCACUACUCCUCAAGAUACGGAACGCUCUGACGAUGGCGUCGUUGGUGCAAACUCUGAUAUUAUUGGAGCUUCUCCUAUCAAGGAUGACGCCAAAAACAAUCGUCUUAGUGGUCCUCUUCUCUGGUCUGGUCAAGACUUCGACGGAGACCAAACCUACACUCUCCGUCUUAGUGACGAGGAGGCUGGCGAGGUUGACAGCGCCCUUGCCAGUUUCAAAGCCCUCGGUCUUGAUGGUGAUAAAGUUUCAGCAGAUAACUUCCCCCUUCCUAACUUAUCUCGGCGCCUGCGUGCCAGUGCUGAAACUCUUCAUCUUGGCAAGGGUUUCGUUAUUAUUCGUGGCAUCGAUGGUGCGAAAUACACUAAUGAAGAUAGUGUUACUAUCUUCCUGGGUGUAGCCAGCUAUAUUGGCGACAAGCGUGGCCUACAGGACCGAAAAGGGAACAUGCUUUCCCAUAUAACUGACUCAAAGAAGUGGGCUACUCCCACUCACGCGCGUCAUGGUAUUCAUACCAAUCAAUUUUUGCCUUUCCAUACUGACAUGGGAUGUGAUAUUUUAUCCCUCCAAGUCCGAGACAGCGCCAAUAAGGGAGGAAACACCUAUCUUAGUUCUGCUUGGACUGUGUUUAAUCACCUGUUUAUCCACAAGCCUGAGGUUAUUGAUACUCUGAGAGCCUCUAACUGGCCUGUUCAACUGUCCGGCCGUAACGCCUCGUUCUAUCUCGCGCCCGUUUUUGAAUUCCACGAUAACAAGCUUCUCGUCAGCCUUGAUCUGCACCGCCUCGGCCCGCACCCGAAGAUGAGGACGAACAUUCCUGAUCUCUCAGAAGCUCAGCGAUAUGCCCUCCAAGCUGUAUCAGACGCCGCUUCGCAAUUCGAGCUGAAGCUGAAGCUGGAGACAGGUGAUCUCUUGUUCUUCAACAACCUUGCCCUCGUUCACCGCCGAGAUGCCUACACGGACAACGCUACAUCAUCGCGACAUCUGGUAAGACUCUGGCUUCGCAGCCAAAAGUACGGCUGGGCAAUCCCUGAUGGUCUGCUUCCUCCUUGGGAAGCUGCCUAUGGAGAGAACCGCAGGAUCAGGACUCAACAUUACCCUAUUGUUCCAAUGCCAGAGUAUCCUGUGCCGAAGUACGCCACAAGCUCGGCUUGCUUCGUGAUGGAAGACUCGGAGAGUUCUGAUGCAGAAGAGUGA